AUGAGUGGAAUGUCCGUCAUUGGAAGGAAUGAGAAACAAUAUCGAGUUAGUUCAGCAUUUGAUGAUUUUGACGAUAUUUAUUCAGCUGAACGUGGCUUCAAGCCUCGUGAAUGCAAAAUUGAAGUCGAAGAAACAGUUCGCGAACCAGAUCCUUAUCAUCCCAAAAUUCAAAGUUUGUUAUACGAAUCCAAAGAUUCAUCAUUACAACCACCAAAUCCAGGAGCUUAUGACUGGAAAUUAAAACCAGAAGAAUAUGAACUUCAAACGAAUCCUAUUGGAUUGCCAGAAGAGAAGCCACCAUGCUACUUGCCACAAGAAAAUGAUGAUCACAUUGUGGUUCCUUCAGCUCAAUCACAAAUGGGUCCAAUUGGCCCAUAUGCGACAGGAAGAGUCGACUGGAGUCCUUUGGCUGGUUUAACUGGAACACGCCCAGUUGUUGAUUCUUAUUCAAUAACUCGUUACAGUACAAAUGAAUGGCGUCAAAGAAAUUACGAAACAUUACAAGCAGCAUCAGAUGCAAUUGAUAAAAGCCUUUUAGUAGAGAAAUCAGCAAAGAAUUCAAUCAGAAGAGCAUACGAGAUUACAGAUCACAAUCAAUCAGAUAACACAAAGCGACUUCAGAUUCGUUCAAAGGAUAUCGAUGACUGGAAACAAUGCUUGGAACGAGCUAUUCGUGCAAUGACUGAUGAGAUUUGUACACUUGAAGAACAACGAAGAAGAUUGAAACAAGCUAUGAAUGUUUUACAAAUGCCGGAAUCAAUUGUUAGUGAAUGCUUAGCAACAAGAACACGACGACCGGAAUCAGAACUCGUUAGAGAUGAGCCUGAAGAACAAUUGAUUAAAGAGAAAGCUCUCAUCGCUGAGAUUCGAGUGCUUUUAAUUCAAACACUUGCUGACAUUGAAGCACAACAAAGAGAAAAUCGUACAAACAAAACACGAUUGGAGUUUGAUUGGUCAGAUAAGAAAGAUGCGCAUGAAAUAGAAUCGCGGAAUUCUCAAUUAAACAAUCGAGCUCCUGCAAUUAUGUUCAAGCCUGGAGCGACAAGAUUUAUGGCUCAACAAUCGACAGAAAUUCUAUGGGAAAAAUAUACCGUCGAUAAUUUAGAAGAAGCAGAGAAAUGUCGUCAAAAAUCAAUCGCACUACGAUCAACGUUAGAUGCGAUUCUCAUGAAUUCAGCAAGGGAUUUGCGAACACAAGCUGAUACUGUCGACAGAGCAUUACACAACAGAGUUAUUUGUAUGGAUGAGAUGCGACAACGUCUUGAAAAUGAACUGCGCACUUGCUUAAGACGACUUGCAGAUACAGAAAUACAAAUUGAGAAACUUCAAGUGUCGAUAGAAAACAUGGAUUUUCCUAUGAAAGUCUCACAAACUCGUCUUGACAAUCGUCAUCGAAGAUUGCGCGUAGAGAAUUGUCGAGAUGAAUCACAAUUUGCUCUUAUUGGAGAAGUUAAAUCAGUUCAUGAUUCUCUAACCGUUUUGAACGAUGAAUUGAGAACAUGCCAAGAAAUGAAAAAGGAUUUGACGAAUCAACGAGGAAAUUUGGAGCGUGAAAUUAUGUUGAAACGUCGAACCAUAAACAUUGAUCGAGAACGUAUUCAAGUUUUGCGGACUCAUUUUCCGAGUACGACAGCUUUGACGGGAUAUUGA